UUGACAGGAAGUCGGUCACGAUUGGAGGAGAAAGCGACCGCUCUUCGCUUAUCAUUGGCUGCUUCAACACAUGGGCAAUUUAAAAUCUAUGAUAGUUGUGAGGAAACAAGCGUUUUGUAGUUGGAUAGUGUGGUCCUUUAUGUAGCUACUUUUGCAAACAUUCGACAGCAGUGUCCAUCGAUCAGUGGAUAAUUUUACGAACCAGCAAAUUGGAUGGAAUGUAGCUUGCUGUGACGGUAGCGACGAUCGUAACGGGAAAAAUGUCCGAAAGUGUCGCUUUAUCCUGCGCUCCAGGCAGCUUUGUGGAAUUCUCUCCAACGAGGAAUGGCGACACUGACAAGGAAAACGAUGUUGCUGUUUUGAGCCUGCACCUGUUUUCGAAGGCUACUUUUGUAUCUUUCGGGACAGUGAAAAUAGGCACCUCCAAGUCGACCGCUCUGCGCAUCGAAAACCCAACAGAGUUUGCCGAUGCUGUGCUGACUGUUGACAAGAUCCCAUCAAGCAAAGGCUUUUCUGUGGACAACAACACAUUCACAAUUCGGCCACUGGGCUCUUAUACCCUGACUCUCACCUGGACACCAACAGAAGAGGGUGGAAUCAGAGAACUGAUUGUCUUCAAUGCCAAUGGAAUCGUCAAGCACCAGGCAAUUUUGCUGGGAAAAGCAGAAGCCCCCCAAAAGAAAAAGAGGCGCUUAUGGGAUGCUAUUAAAAAGAAGAGAGGAGGUGAAAAAGGAUCUCCUUACAGGGGAAAGUGGACGGCGCUGCCCACCAAGAUGGCUGCCAAAAAAACGCUGCAUGUGACCUGGAAGCAACAGUUUGAACCCCGCAGUCCUCUUGCUUCUCUCAAUGAUGGAAAAACAGGCAGAGACAAGUCCACUGGGGAGCACGGUCUCCUUGAGGGUUACUCUCUGAAAUCCAAACAGCAAAAGCCUUUCAAUGCCGUCCGAAAGCAGUGGUCUUUGGUGAGCCAGGAGAAUGUGCACCAUGUUGAGAAUCACCCAUUUCUUGUAUCAGCCACAAACGAGACAGAGAUGAAAGCGGGCUCAGGUUCUUUGGCUGGGAAGCUUGAAAACAAAGACCUGGCAAAAAUACUUGAGACACUGUCCCCUAUUGAGACACCGGAGAGGUUCCAAAAGAUCAUGCCUCACAUUCAGCCGGUGGGGCGCACUGCUGCCGUGGCCUCCCAGACUGCGCAAAGGUGCCCGGUGGUAUCUUUGAACGAUGCCCUGGCACUCAUUGACUCCGGUUUCGCUCUUGUCAACGGCAGCCCUAAAGACUCCAGUUCUAGUAGUGACUUUUCUGAAUCCCUGGAGUUUAAAAGCGAGGAUCCUGAGCGUUUCAAAGCCCAUCCUGAUAGCCCAGAAGAGUCCACGGAGCCGCGGCUUACUUUCUUUGUCACCAAAAAAGUUGGAGCGCCCAAAGCAGAAAAGCCCGAGAGACCUAAAAUAUUGUCCUUCAACUGUGAGACGGUGAUAAAAAGCAAAGCACCGGUGACAAAUUGUGAAAGUGGGCGAAGAAUAAAGAAGUCGAGGCGGCGCUUGAUGGAGAAAACACUUGAGUUGUCGGAAGGCAGCAGCCAGUGUGAGUCUGGCCCAGGGACCCCCCACCUCCCUGUAAUAGAACCAGACACAAGGACAGCUGGUUCCCUUGGUGGCGACAGCCACACAGUCCAAGAAUGUCAUGGCAGACCAACGGCAAGACUCGGUGAUGCUCAAUUGCCCAUCAGGCUCGAUGGAAGCUCUCCUCCAACUCGAGCUCACUUGAGUUUUUCCUUCGCGCUCACUUCCCCGCCUCACAACGUCCCUCCCAUGACAUUCACGAUCUCCUCCCCAUUACCCCUGGGCCAGUCUUCUCCACUUCACUCCAGCAACACAAGUCAUCCCCAACCUGAAACCUCCCCGGAAACGGAUAUUCUUCCCCAAGCGGUCUCAGCGCAGGAGGACGUCUCUCCUGUUCGCAGCCUGACAAAGAGCAAAAAGAGGAAGAGUGAAGAAUAUUUGAAAGGCGUCACGAAGACCGACGGCGGUGGGAAAACCGAGCAGGUUAAAAAGAGCAAAACGGUGGCUUGGAAAAGUCAGCCCGUGAAAUCAACGCAGGAGAGGAGGAAGUCACAGAGGCAGUCAAUCAAAUCAAAAGGUUCUCCGCAUGCAAUGACAACAUCCGUAAAGACCCUAACGUCGUCUGUCUCGACUCAGACACAGCCAGCGAGCGCCAAACUCCCCCGACGAGGUGCCCGGGCGCUGAGGUCAAUCAGAGCAGAGCGUGUCAAGUGUGUGAAGAUGGCUCCAGUUGCAAUGUCAAAGUUGAUCUUUGUCAAAACGACUCAGACAGCCAUCCCCAGGCAUCCACUUCCUUUCGCUGCCAAGAACAUGUUCUAUGACGAGAGAUGGAUCGAGAAGCAGGAGAGGGCGUUCACGUGGUGGCUCAACUAUGUCCUGACCCCGGAUGAUUUUAAAGUCAACACAGAAAGCACCAAAGUGAGUGCUGCGCCUCUGGCAAUUGGCUGCAGCGACAAGUUCCAUGUCCCCAAAGCUCCCACCAAAGAAGAGAUGUCUUUCAGCACGUACACCGCCCGGCGAAAGUUAAACCGCCUCCGCCGGGCCGCCUGUCAGCUCUUCACCUCCGAGACGAUGGUCAAGGCCAUUAAGAGGUUGGAACUCGAAGUGGAGGCAAAGAGGCUGCUCAUCCGCAAGGACCGCCAUCUUUGGAAAGAUAUAGGAGAACGUCAAAAAGUUCUCAACUGGCUUCUUUCCUACAAUCCUCUGUGGUUAAGGAUUGGGCUUGAGACCAUCUUUGGGGAGAUGAUCUCGCUGGAGAGCAACAGCGAUGCAAUGGGUUUGGCGAUGUUCGUCCUCCAGCGUCUUCUCUGGAAUCCCGACAUCGCAGCCGAGUUCAGACAUUCAAAAGUUCCUCAUCUUUACAAAGACGGCCACGAGGAGGCGCUGUCGAGCUUCACGCUGAAGAAGCUGCUCUUGCUGGUGUGUUUCUUGGACAAGGCCAAAGCGUCUCGCCUGAUUGAGCACGACCCUUGUCUGUUCUGCGUUGACGCAGAGUUCAAGACAAGUAAAGACUUGUUGCUGGCCUUCUCACGAGACUUCUUGAGCGGGGAGGGCAUUCUCCCUCGGCAUCUUGGCUUCCUUGGAUUACCAGUCUCUCAUGUUCAAACUCCCCUUGACGAAUUCAGCUAUGCUGUGGUGAAUUUGGCCGUUGACUUGAAAUGUGGAAUCAGACUCGUGAGGGUCAUGGAGCUCCUCAUAAAGCAGUGGGGCUUGUCAGCAAAGCUGCGACUGCCAGCCAUCAGCCGCCUGCAAAAAAUCCACAACGUGGAUAUUGCCUUGCAAGUGCUCAAAAUCAGAGGGGUCGACCUGAAGGAUGAACAUGGUUCCGUCAUCGAUUCUCGAGACAUUGUGGAUGGUCACCGGGAGAAGACGCUGAGCCUCCUGUGGAAAAUCAUUUUCUCAUUUCAGGUGGAGGUAAUUUUGAACGAGGGUCAGCUGAGGGAGGAGAUUGUCUUCUUGAGGAGAAGCCUGAGGUCAAAACAGAGGUUGGCUUCUGUGAGGGCCGGCCGGGGCCUUGAGCCCAGUGCGCUCAAAACCAAGGCGCCGUAUGAGCAUCGCAGCGCUAAAGUUGUUCUGCUGAUGGAGUGGGCCCGCGCCGUGUGCGACUUCUACAAUCUGACGCUGGAGAACUUCACUGUGACAUUCUCCGAUGGCCGCGUCCUCUGCUACUUAAUCCACCACUACCAUCCCAGUCUCAUCUCGGAGGAGUCGGUCCAUCACAGCACCACCCAAACUGUCGACUGCUCGUCAAGGGGUCGCCUGGAGCUCAACUGCUCGGCCAUCGACUCCGACAGCUCUUUUGACGAUGCUCCCAAAAGCCCAAAUGGCGCAGAGUGUCCCUCUGCGGAGUUUAAAAAGCUACUGGAAAACGAGAAAAGCAACUUCGGGCUGGUUAAUGCUGCGGUGGCUUUCCUGGGUGGAGUGCCUUCCAUGAUCAACCCGGCUGACAUGUCCAACACCAUCCCCAAUGAGCAGGUUGUGAUGUGUUACCUGUCUUUCCUGUGCGCUCGUCUCUUGGACCUGCGUAAUGAAACCAGAGCGGCUCGGGUCAUACAAGGUGCCUGGAGGAACUACAGAAUAAAGAAGGACUUGCAACUCUACAAGGAGAGAAACGUGGCUGCUGUGAAAAUUCAGGGGGCCGUGAAGCGUUUUCUCCAGCGAUGCAAAGCCAGGAAUCAAAAUGCGGCGUCCGUGAUCAUACAGUCCGCCUGGAGAGGCUUUGUUAUUCGUAAAAGACUGCGGAUGGAAAAAGAAGCAGAGCUCCGGAUCAUUCAGAAUCAAGCGGCCACAAUCAUCCAGGCCAAGUGGAGAAUGUUUUCCGCUCUGAGAUAUUACCAGCAAGUCCGAUCCAACGCCGUUGUUGUCCAAGCGCGGUGGCGAAUGAAGAGGGCCGCGUCGGCCUUUGUCCAAAUCCGCUGGGCGACGGCUGUCUUGCAGAGAUAUUUCAGAGCUUGGAUUCACGGGAGGAAAGUACGCGUGCGUUAUCUCUGCCUCAAAGCUGCCGCCGUGAAAAUGCAGAGAGGGUACCGACUGUGGAAAAUCCAGAAAACUCAAAGGGAAAACCGUGCUGCCAGAGUAAUACAAACCGCAUAUAAGAAAUGGCACAUGGAGAAAAUGGCCAAAAGAACAGCCGCCGCUGUUGAGAUUCAGUCUUUCUAUCGAAUGCAAAGGUGCUCGCAUCAAUACAGAAAGAUCCAAAGAAGCGCUUUGCUCAUUCAAGCGCACUACAGAGGUCUCAUUCAAAGAUCCCACUUUCAGAGGCACAAGCAGCAACACCACUCGGCCAUCGUCAUUCAGAGUGCCUUCAGGGGGCACCGGGUCAGGAAACGGGCCCUGAGAAUGAAACGCGCCUGCGUCCUCAUCCAGCGAUGGUACAGGGCCUCUGCAAGAAGAGCUGUGGAAAGGCAAAGAUUUGUCAAGAUGCGCCGUGCCGCCAGGACCAUUCAGUUGGCUUACCGCAAGAAACGCAAUCGCGACUUGCUGAAGAAACGACACCGAGCAGCAACCGUGAUCCAGGCUGCGUUCAGGAAAUUUGCCUCCCGAUGGCGCUACCUCGCCCUCAGGAAAGCAACAGUUGCCGUACAGCAAAAGCUUCGAGCCACAAUUUUAGCUCGGAAGACAAGGGAGGAGUAUGGCGCACUAAGAAAGGCUGCGCUCCUUAUACAAGCCUACUGGAGAGGCAGAGCCGACAGGAUGAGGAUUAAAAAAUACCACCGGAGCGCAACACUUAUCCGGGCCCACUACUACCGAUACAAGGCCCAAGUGGAGUUCAGGUCAAAAAAGGCGGCAGCUGUUGUCAUCCAGCGUCGCUAUCGGGCUCAUGUGGUUGCAAAGAAAACAAGGGAAGCGUUCCUCCAGAAGAAGGCGGCCUGUAUUACCAUAGCGGCGGGAUUCAGAGGCAUGAAAGUCAGAGCGGACCUGAAGAAAAAGCACAAAGCCGCAACUGUCAUUCAGUCGGCACUCAGGAUGUAUUUGAGUCGAAAACAAUACAGGCUCCUUCAAAGUGCAAUCAUUAUCAUCCAGUGCCGUUAUAGAGCCCGACUCUGUUGCAGGGCAGAGCGACACAAGUACAAAGAGCAAAAAAAAGCUGCCUUGAAAAUCCAAGCCGUUUACAGAGGCUGGAGAGGAAGAGAAGAAUUUAAGAAGAGGAGCAACGCCAUCAGAGCCAUCCAGGCUGUGUUCAGAAUGCGCCGAGUUCGUAAGGCUUAUCUUGCCACCAAGUGUGCUGCGGUCAUUCUUCAAGAGCGAUACAGGGCCAAAAUCCGCAUGGCUGAACAGCUGAAGAUGUACAGAACGGUGAAAUCUGCCGCCGUUACCAUCCAGGCCGCAUAUCGUGGCUACUGCGCCCGCAGGAAGAUUGCGCAGAUGCGCCGUGCGGCCUGUGUCGUUCAGAGAAGGUUUCGCAUGAUCCAGGAGAAGAAUCGAUUCCUGGCUCUUAAGACAGCAACUUUGGUUCUCCAGCGGCGCUACAGAGCGCUGAUGUUGACGAGAGAAGUGCGGCGGCAAUACCUGUCAAGGCGCAGGACGGCCGUUUGCCUGCAAGCGGCCUUCAGAGGACGCCAGAUCCGAAAGCAGUUAAGCGUCAAGCAUCACGCGGCCAUUCGGAUUCAGUCAAAUUUCCGGAGCUAUCGGCAGAGAACUCACUACAAGAUGCUUCGAUGGGCUUGCGGUGUUGUGCAAGCGCGUCACAGGGCCAACAGAGAAAUGAGACGGGAGAGGCUGGCUCUGAGUGCAAAGAAACGCGCUGCCGUUGUCUUACAAGCCGCUCUGCGGGGAAUGAGAGCAAGACGACUUAUCAAACAAAAGCAUCGGGCUGCCUCGACAAUUCAGAGAGCUUUCAGAGCCCACUGCGAACACAAGAAGUACAUCGCCCUAAAGUCUUCAGUGCUCGCCAUGCAACGUAGAUACCGGGCCACGGUAGCAGCCAAAGCUCAAAUGCGACACUACCAAACCAUGCACAGGUCUUCAAUCGUCAUUCAGUCAGCGUACAGAGGACUGCGCGUCAGGAAGGAUGUUGCUCGUUGGCAUCAGGCUGCCACUUUGAUCCAGUCUACGUUCAGAAAGCACAGAGAAGAAGUCAAAUUCCAGAGCGCGCGUCAGUCGGCCAUCGUCAUCCAGAGACAUUACCGGGCCUUCGUGCUUCAGAAACGGGAUAGGGGAUACUACCUGAAAGUCCGAUCCUCCGCCAUCGUUCUUCAGGCCACUUUCAGAGGUCGCCUUGCGAGAGGGAGGAUUGGCAAGAUGCACAGAGCAGCGACAGUCAUACAGGCACAUUUCAAGAGGCAUAAGCAGCGGUUGCUCUUCAGAAAACAGCGCCGGGCUGCCUUGGUUUUACAGCAAAGGUUUAGAGCUAUGAGGGAGAGAAACUCGGAGAUGAAGCAUUAUCAAGAAGUCAAGAAUGCCGCUCUUCGUCUGCAAGUUGCCUUUCGGAGAAUGAAAUCAAGGCAAUCCGUCAAACGAAUGCACGCGGCUGCGACUGUCAUCCAGGGCGCUUUCAGGUGCCACCGUGAGAAAGUCCAAUUUCAGGCCACGCGUCGGUCAGCCAUCGUCAUCCAGAGAUGCUACAGAGCCCACAUUCUUCAGAAAAAAGAAAGGGACUACUACCUGAGAGUCCGAACCUCCGUCAUCUGUCUCCAGUCGUUUUUUAGAGGUUGCUCAGAGAGGAGAAAAAUAACCAAAAUGCACAGGGCAGCCACUGUCAUACAAGCAAACUUCAAGAAGCAUCAGCAACAAUUGCGCUUCAGGAAACAGCUCUGGGCUGCUCGUGUCUUACAGCAGAGAUUUAGAGCCGCAAGUCAGCGCAACGUCGAGGUCAAACGUUAUCGGAAAGUCAGGAAUGCUGUGAUUUGUCUACAAGCGGCCUUCCGGGGAAUGGAAUCAAGAAAAUCCAUCCGACAGAGACACCGGGCUGCGACCGUGAUCCAGGCCGCUUUCAGAAGUCGCAGACAGAAAGUCCAAUUCCAAGCCACGCGUCUGUCAAUCAUCGUCAUCCAGAGAUACUACAGAGCCCACCUUCUCCAGAAAAAAGAAAGGGACUACUUCCUGAAAGUCCGAACCUCUGUCAUCUGUCUCCAGUCGUUUUUCAGAGGUUGCUCGGAGAGGAGAAGAAUUGCCAAAAUGCACAGGGCAGCCACUGUCAUACAAGCAAACUUCAAGAAGCAUCAGCAACAAUUGCGCUUCAGGAAACAGCUCUGGGCUGCUCGUGUCUUACAGCAGAGAUUUAGAGCCGCGAGUCAGCGGAAUGUCGAGGUCAAGCGUUAUCGAGAAGUCAGGAACGCUGUGAUUGGUCUACAAGCGGCCUUCCGGGGAAUGAAAUCAAGACAGUCCAUCAAACAAAGGCACUUUGCGGCAACUGUAAUCCAGUCUGCUUUCAGAUGCCGCAGAGAGCGAGUCCGAUUCCAGGCCAAACGCUUGGCGGCCAUCGUUAUCCAGAGAGGCUACAGGGCUCACGUUCUUCAGGAAAAAGAGAGGGACUAUUUCCUGAGAGUCAGAUCCUCAAUCAUUUGUCUGCAGGCAGUUUACCGCGGCCGUUUGGAGAGAAGAAGAAUUGCCAAGAUGCACAGAGCAGCUACCGUCAUUCAAGCAAACUUCAAGAGACGUAAUCAGCAAUCGACUUUCAAGAAGCAACUCUGGGCGGUCUGUGUCUUGCAGCGGAGAUUCAGAGCCCUGCGACAGAAACGCCGUGAGGUCAAACAUUAUGAAAAAGUCAGGAACGCUGCGAUUUGUCUCCAAGCUGCCCUCCGGGGAAUGAGCGCAAGAAAAUCCCUCAGACAAAUGCAUCGGGCUGCCACAACUAUUCAGACGGCUUUCAGAGCCCAUUGUCAGUCGAAGCGGUAUCUGAAAAUAAAAUCAUCUGCGCGAACCAUUCAGCAACGGUUUCGUGCUACCGCAGCGGCCAAAUCUCAGAGGAAACACUUCUUGGAAGUGCGCCGCGCAGCCGUCAUCUUUCAGGCCGCCUACAGAGGCCGGCAAACUCGGAAGCACAUUGCUCGGUUGCACCGGGCGGCGACGGCCAUCCAGUCGGCAUACAGGAGGCGGGUUGAGCUCGUCAAAUUUGAGGCCAUGUGCGUGUCUGUGGUGCUCAUUCAGAAGUACUACCGGGGCUUCAUUCGUCAAAGGCGAGAAAGAAGCAAGUUCCUGAAACUCAAAAGGGCCACUGUGGUUCUUCAGGCUGCAUAUCGAGCUCACAGAGUAAGGAGGUACAUAAGGCAGCAAAGUCGAGCUGCCACUUUGAUCCAGUCGUACUGGAGAUGCUCGGUCCAGAGGCGCCUCUUCCGGAAGAGGAGAGAGGCAGCCAUGAAGUUGCAAGAGAGGGUCAGAGCAAUGCGUCUUGGCAAAGAAGAAAGGGAGAACUACGUGCGAAUGAGGCGGGCCGCGAUCGCGCUUCAGAUCCACUGCAGAGCCUGGAUUGUACGAAAGCAGGAACUCAAGACUGCCAGUGCACAGAGGAGAAUUCGUUUUGCUGCCGCAGUCUACCACCACCUCAGUGCUAUUAAGAUCCAAAGAGCUUUGCGAGCACACUGGGCCUUGGAGUCCGCAAAGAGACAGAUCCAGUCUGUCAUCAUGAUACAAAAUCUGGUGCGAGCGAGGCUACAAAGGAGACGCUAUCUGGCCCAACGGAGGAAGGUCAUGACAGCCCAGAGAGCAGUCAGGCGUUGGUUGGCCCGUCGCCACAAUUCUGCAUCGGUCAUCCAACGUGCUGCUCGCAAGUUCCUCCUCAUCAGGCGCCAGAAGAAAGUGGAACAGGGCGUCGUCAAAAUUCAGGCUCUAUGGAGAGGACAUGUCUCCCGCCAACUGAAUGACAAUAGCAAAGUGAUCAAGUUGAGACACCGCCUGCGUAAAGUCUCUGCCGGCGCCCGGGAGGAGGACAAAUUGCAGAACAAAACCUCAUCUGCCCUGGACUGUAUCCUUCGAUACAGGCACUUCUCCUCCCUCCUCGAAGCUCUGAAAAACCUAGAAGCGGCCACCAGGUUGUCCCCUGUGUGCUGUGAGCACCUGGUGGAGAGCGGCGCCACCAGCGUCAUAUUCACCCUCAUCCGCUCCUGCAACAGGAGUGUGCCCUGUAUGGAUGUCAUCACCUACUCCAUCCAGAUCCUCCUCAAUCUCUCAAAGUACCACAAAACUAUUGAGGCUGUGUAUUUGGUGGAAAACUCAGUGGAGACACUGGUGAACCUGAUCCAGAGAUACAGAGAGAAAGCGGGGGACAAAGUAGCAGACAAAGGCGGCAGCAUCUUCACCAAAGCCUGCUUUCUAUUGGUUCUGCUCCUGCAAGACAAAUGCCACGCCGAGGAGGCUAUGAAUUGCCCAAAGGUCUUGGAUAGGGUAACAAGUAUUUAUCGCCUCACCGUUCGCAAAUACAAGAUGGACGCAGAAAGAAAUGUGGCCAAACAGAAGAUGAACGCGCCAAUCAACGGAAGCUUCUACAUCCCAGCAACGCCACGGAAAUGCCAACCUGUGCCAAGGUUCGCACCGGACUGGGUUCUCAGGAAGGACAAUCUUCCAAAUGUCGUGGAUCCUCUCAAGGCCAUCCACAUGUUGGCAAACACUCUCUCGAUUGUCAUGUAGAUAGUUUUGAAAUGUUGCCAUGUCAGAGUUCUCAUAUUUUUUGUGUUUGUGUUUUGGAAAGUGUUUUAUGUACAGUAAACAUGAUUUUACAGAUACAUCUGUGUGGCCACAUUAAAUGCAUUUCUGUUAUUUCCAGUG